CGCGCCGGGCGCGGGCAGCAGCGGCGAGGUGGAGAUGGCGGCGCCGUGCCCCGGGGAGCCGGAGCGGCUGGACUUCCUGCGGGAGCGGCACGUGCGCUUCUUCCAGCGGUGCCUGCAGAUCCUGCCCGAGCGCUACUCAUCCCUGGAGACCAGCAGGUUGACAAUUGCAUUUUUCGCACUCUCUGGUCUGGAUAUGUUGGAUUCCUUAGAUGUGGUGAACAAAGAUGAUAUAAUAGAAUGGAUUUAUUCCCUGCAGGUCCUUCCCACAGAAGACAGAUCAAAUAUGAGUCGCUGUGGAUUCAGAGGUUCUUCAUAUUUAGGGAUGCCAUUCAGUCCCUCCAAGGGUCCAGGCAUAUCUCAUCCCUAUGAUAGUGGGCACAUAGCAAUGACUUACACAGGACUAUCAUGUCUGGUUAUUCUUGGAGAUGAUUUAAGUCGAGUAAAUAAAGAUGCCAUACUGGCAGGACUAAGAGCUCUCCAGCUGGAGGAUGGAAGUUUCUGUGCAGUGCUGGAAGGAAGUGAAAAUGAUAUGAGGUUUGUGUACUGUGCUUCCUGCAUCUGCUACAUGCUCGACAACUGGUCAGGCAUGGAUAUGAAGAAAGCAAUAGACUACAUUAGAAGAAGUAUGUCUUAUGAUAAUGGCCUGGCACAGGGAGCUGGACUGGAAUCUCAUGGGGGCUCUACAUUUUGUGGUAUUGCAUCACUGUGUUUGAUGGGCAAACUGGAGGAAGUUUUUUCAGAAAAAGAACUGACCAGAAUAAGAAGAUGGUGUAUAAUGAGGCAACAGAAUGGCUACCAUGGACGACCCAACAAACCUGUAGACACUUGCUAUUCCUUUUGGGUGGGAGCAACAUUGAAGCUCUUGAACAUAUUCCAAUAUACAAAUUUUGAGAAAAACCGAAAUUACAUCCUGUCAACUCAAGAUCGCCUUGUUGGUGGAUUUGCCAAGUGGCCAGACAGCCAUCCAGAUGCUUUACAUGCCUACUUUGGGGUCUGUGGUUUGUCAUUAAUUGGAGAAUCUGGUAUUUGCGAAGUUCAUCCCGCCCUAAAUAUAAGCACAAGAGCAUCAGAGCGUCUUCACCACCUUCAUCAGAUCUGGAAAACGGACUUUAAACAGCGUUCAGACGACACACACCUCUCUACAUGACUGAUUUAGACUUGAAUUUAGUUCAGGUAGCAUAAUUGUAGCCCAGGGUUUAAAGCCAUGUAUAACCAAUGUGCUCUUUUAAGUGCUGAAGUCAUACAAUCAGAUCUGUGUUGCUGGCAUCACUUUGAUAGGGAGUUGCCUUCAGCAGGUUAUUCUGCGUUGUGAAAUGGGGAAUAUUUUGAUUAUAUAGAAGUUUGUCACCGCAGACUGUAAGUGGCUUUUCAGAUGGCUUUACUUCUAAGAAAUCCCUUGAGGCAUUUAAACUUCAUUUUAAUUUUAUUUUUUUAAAUUUGUGCAUACUGUGUCAAAAUAUAUAAUGGGGAAGUAUUUUCAAAAUUGUUUACAUAUCAUACAGUAUAGCACAGAAUGUUGAAGUUCUUUAUAAUCUUACUGUUUGACAUAUUUUUGGGUAGAGAAUCUCUCAUAUUAAGCCUCAGUUAAAAAUUACCUAUUAUCAUCAACUUUCAGAUUCCAUAAACUUUGUUUUUCACGAACAAAUUAAUUAAAUACAAAUAAAAUUAUUUUAUUCAAUAUACUGGACUUUUAAGGUUGUGUGGCCUUAAUAAAUUGAUCUCAUAAUUCUUCUAAGUAGGUUUUACACAGAUGCAGUGGAUUGUUAGCCAGACAGAGUUUUCAUCUGAAAUAGUUUCUUCAUGUGACGUUCACUAAGAGUGUGGCAUAUUGAUGUGCAUCAAUAAAAGAUAUUCAGCCCAGUCUUUUGGAAGCAUACCUGUAUGCAAGAGUAGCAUUAGAACCUGCUUCCAAAGACAAACCUUUGCAAUACAUUGAAGUUGUUCAAAUUAGAGUAAUGAUGAACAUUCUCAGCUUCUUUAGUGCUUUACUAGUGCCUUACUUUGUAUGCUUGAAGUGCUGUUCAGAGUAGAAGGAAGUAAUUUUGCAGCUGGUGUGUUUGUGGCAGGUCAGUUCAUGCAUUCAGUAGACACCACGUCUUUCUACUUGCCAGUCAUUAACAGCACUUUUUUUUUCCUAAAGGUUCCAAAGAUAAC